CGACUGUGUAACUAGAGAGAGAGAGCAUAGAGGCAAGCGGUGGAGGGAGGGGUCCAUGACGCUCAAGUGCGAGAAGCUAACUCAUGGUGUGAUGGAAUGAUAGUUAUGGGGUCUUGAAGUUGUUCGUUCUUCAGGGGUACAAAAUCAAGUUCCACUGUUUCUGACACUGACCUGUCAGCCAUGGGGAAAUCUCCAGGAAAAUGGAUCAAGGCUGUGCUUUUUGGAAAGAAAUCAUCAAAAUCUGGAUUUUCAAAAGAUGCCACAAUUGAAAAGAAGGCAUCCAUUGCGGCCAAGACACCAUCUGGAGAUUCGACUGUGGAUUCUCCAGUGAUUUCAGACUUGCUAUGUCACACAACAACCACCAAUUUACCAAAUUAUGCAGCUGUAUCAUUUUCUGGAAAGCCAGGUGCUGAUACAGAAGGUACCAUAGGGUUUAGUUCAGCAAAUGAUGCUGAAAUAGCAAGGCAAGAACAUGCUGCUACAAAGGCACAGGCCGUUUUUAGGGGCUACUUGGCUCGUCGGGCAUUUCGGGCUCUCAAAGGCAUCAUAAGGCUGCAAGCACUAGUGCGUGGGCACUUGGUUAGGAGACAGGCUGUUGCUACUUUGUGUUGUAUGCAGGCAAUUAUUAAGUUUCAGGCAGUGGUUCGUGGCCGGAGGGUUAGACUUUCUGACAUUGGGCGUGAGGUGCAUAAAAAAAGCAGUCUGGGAGAACCUCAGGAUUCUAAACGGAUGGACUUAUUUGGAAUCAACACAUCUUUUAGGUCAGAGAAGCUAUCCAGAAAUACAUUUGUUAGUAAGCUUCUUGCUUCAUCACCUACUGCUAUGCCCCUGAGCCUCCAUUAUGAACUGCUUGAGCCGAAUUCACCUUUGAACUGGCUUGAACGCUGGUCCUCGUCUCAACUUUGGAAACCACUUGCACGGCCAAAGAAGAUUUUUGAGACAAAGCUUCAAACAAAGCAGGCUAACAUGCAAGUUGUUGACACAGAAGCAGGAAGACCAAAAAGAGGUUUCAGGAAGCUUCCUGCAGCAAAUGUUGACAAUAGACCAUUGAAUUCCUCAGAAUUUGAAAAAUCCAGACGCACAAGGAAAGUGUCAGCUUAUCAAACAGAAUUAGUGUCAGAACAGCCUCAAAAUGAAAUUGAGAAGGUCAAACGCAAUUUGAGAAAAGUUUCUGCACCCGCAGCAGUGGCUUCUGAUGAGUCAGAAUCCAUAACAGGAAAGCCAUGGCAGAGUUCUAAAAAAGUGUCAACCUCUCCCACUGCUGAUGUUUCUGAACAGGGAAUGGAUGAUCCCUCUGAAAAAAUGCAUGAUUCACCUCUCGUAGUGUACAAUCAGGGUGUGACAGAAACACCUCCAAAGUCAUUGCCAGUGCAUGAAUCAAUUGAUGUGCUGCAUGAUGAUCAUCCUGAGGUCGGGCUACAUUCUUUGGAAAACAGUGCUAAGGUUGAAAACAGUCCCUCAGAGAAUGGGUUGAACAUGAAGGAAGAUCAAACUAGCAAGGAAAACCAGAGAACCAGGAGGAGAUCUUUCCCAGCAAAGCAGGAAUAUCCUGAAAAUGUCUCACAGAACAAACCAACCUUGCCAAGUUAUAUGGCAGCAACUGAAUCUGCUAAGGCAAAGCUUAGAGCACAAGGAUCCCUCAAGUCUGGUGAAGAUGGGGAUGAAAAUGGUUUCAUCAGGCGUCAUUCUCUGCCGUCGUCCACCAGUGGCAAAUUGAGCUCCCUGUCUCCUCGGAUGCAAACGCUGAGAAGGUGCUCCAGCCUGGGUGGAGGAGAUGAGUGCGGCAAUCUGCUCUUUCAAAAAAGUCUGGGGCUAGAUGUGUCUAUUUUGGUUGCAGUUUCUUCAUUUGGUUCAAACCACAGUGGUAGAACAUGAAAUAAUACUUGAUAAACAACAUUUUCUUGAAAUAUUCUGUUUUCCCCAUGUUUUGCUUUGCAUUUUGAGGAUUAUGUGUGGGAUGUAUAGUCAUAUAGACCCAGAUCUGCUGGUUUAUUUAACAUCAGUGUG